AUGGAAGAUAUCCGACCGACCGCAAAAUGGGCGAAUCGAAUGUUACGGCCCCUAACCUCCAUUUACCACCGAUUAGAGAAACACCACGAGAUCGUAACGAGGGUGUUAACGUCGAAGACGAAGGAGAAGGCAAGCGCGGGGCUUGGUACCGAACGUGCGCGUGGACCUGCGAAAGCGACGGCGCUCAGGGCGAAGUGCGAGCAGCAGCAACAACAACACCAAGGCCUUGGCUACUCGGACGAAGAGGAACCGAACGAUCCAGCUUGGAUCCCUGGUGGGAAAAAACUGGAGAAGAGGCGCAUAAGGCACAACUAUUCGAGCCGAGGACAGAGGAAUGGUGCGCGGAAACGCAGUCGAUUGUCGAUUCGGAGUCCUGAGACGCACAAGAUUCUCCCUGGUGCGAUUGAGAUUGCGACGCCAUUGAUUACGGGGAAGGCUCGGGGGGGAGUGGAUGAGUUGCCCUCGUCGUCGUCGUCGAUUAGGAUACAGCUUUUCCAGAAUGCAGUGGCUCAUGGGGAGACUGCUGCUGGGGUUGAAGAGCAGCGAAAGACGAGUCGCGCGACCAAUAGCAGUUUCACACCAUAUCAGGGUUCUUGGAAGGAGAUUCUGGAUCAAUCUGGAGACCCCGGUUUCGUGGGUAUUGCGCACUUGUUGGAUCGUGUUUUUCUUAAGUUCUUGAGAAGCACUCGGGUCGUAAGCCCGGGGGGGUUCAAUAGCCCACAGGGAAGUGGACGAGGGGCGCGAUCGUUGUUGUCGAUGGCUGUGCGGCGGCUUCCGGAGUUUAUUGCCGACGAACAGAGGAUCCAGGAUGAAGAGGACGAGAGCUGUGAGGUUGACAUGUGCGAUGCCUAUUUUACGGAGCUGGAAGCCUCGUAUGCACCAGGUGGGAAUGGGUGGAUUCCGCUCCGUGAGGCUGUGCGUUCUCAGGGAAUUUAUCUGGUUUCGUGCAUGAUACAGAGGGGUUGGAUUACGAAUCUGGCAGCUUGUCGACUGCUGGAGGAGUGUCUUUCCCAGGACGAGCUAGAUGCCUUUGAGACGUUACUGACUAAAUAUCUGGCGACGGUCGACGCCUAUCCUUACCCCACAACGUUUGAUUCACGGCGACCACCAGGUCACCGUGACGAUCCGGUUCAUCUGCUAGGGGUUUACUAUUCGCGACCGGGCAGACGACGUUCCUACGUGUUCGAAGAGCUUACUCGACUUCUGAUGCGUCAAGCGGUCCCGCCAGAAUGGAUGGUAACUACCUUCUGGAAGCGAUGCGUGGACAGCGCCAUUAAAUCGCUGUCAAUAGAAGACCGCGACUCAGCUGCCGCGAGGCGACUCAUCGAAUCUGUGAUUCUUUCGGCGGCCGGCGUUCACUCGACCACCCCAGGCUCAAAUGAUCUCCGGAUACGGAAUUUGCGACCACCACAUCCUGUCCGUCUUCGAGACACCCGCGCGUCGACCGCUCAAACAUCGGCUCCUGUCGAGGAACAAAGUCCCUGUCCUAUCCCAAUCCAAGACGCCCUCAGCAAUCUCGUCGCUAGUCUCAUGACCGCACUUUGUGGGAUGUGUAUGGCGCGCUCUCAAGCCGACAGCUUUAAAGCAAGGACCGUGGGCAUGAAAAUCCGAGAUCUGGUCAACCACUUGGCUUUUGCGGUUCAGCGAACCAUUGGGCUCGAACCAAUGACUACAGAGGUUGAGGGACCGGUGUUUCAGCCGUUACGACGAGGAUAUGUGCUUUUGUCGGACUGUGCGCUGGAGUGCGGACGAAAGAUCACAGCUGAGAUGAUCUACCAUUCGGAGUCUGUUUCGAGACAAGCCAUCGAGUCGUUCUUCCGCGCUUUGUCUUCUCGACAGGAUGUGGUCAAAGAGUUGGCAGAACUUGUGUCCAAGGUGUUUCACUAUUCAGGACCUCCCGGGCACCACGACCGGGGACCAGUGCGCACCCCCAAGGAGAUCCGGGCCAAAGUGUCCCAACUCUCCCAGUUGACACGCACGCCGGGGGUUGCUCUGCUGUUGGGCAAAGUUGCUGCAGACUCCGCCAUGGAACUCGCGGAGAAAAGCCUGGAUUCGGAUGACCAUGCAUGGGCUCUUGAGAUUCAAGAGACGGUUGUUUCAUCUCAGCGCGAAGAAAGCUUGGAACGGUUUCCUUUAUCGAGCCAGGAGGAGUCUGGCAGGGACAGGACGGGGUUAUAUCGAUGGGAGGACAUCAUUGGGGAGUGGGUAGCACGCACCCCCCCAGUGACCGGCUCUAGGACUGCGGCGAUUGAUAUCGCUAUGAAACAGAGAAUCGGCCGCCCAGAGCAACCACGGGCGAUUGCGUGUUCAACCAGCAGCUCCUCCGCUAGCUCUAUCUGCUCGGAGAAUACCAUCUCCAGCGUGACCUCAUCCGCACCGUCUAUUUCGAAGAAGCGGCCCAGCGCAAGUGAGCCGUCUAGUCCCCGACCAUUCAAAAAAGCAUCCCAGGCACAGUCUCUGCAGCGACUUGUCGGAAACGAAAUCGAUUGGAGGCGUAUUCCUGGGCGUUUACCCCUGGCCUCAUUGUCUGCAGGCUCUGCAUCCAAUGAUACCCCAGUAGCGGCCCGUACUCGGACAGCGCAACGGGAAAUGUUACAGAUGAGAACCUUGACGGCCCGGGAGCAUGGUACCAGCGCCAUGAAUAAUCCUGUGGAGCCACUGUCAAGGAUUGAGGUCGUCAUCAUCAAUAAGAAGAACACCCUAUCUACACCAGGCAGAGGUUUCAAGGAUUACCAUGACCGGGAGCCUAUUAGUCGGCGCACCCGCCGUUCCUUGCCCUUCAGCCGGACAAAUAUUGAGCGAUCUCGCAGACGGCAGUCAGCACCGGCCACUGCUGCUGCGGCUACACGAAGACAGACCAUAUCUUCAGGUUCUUCUCCCCGGGUGGAAGACAGCGAAGAUGAGUUGAGUUUUCUUUGA